AUGUUCUCAAUAAUUCCUGGUACCAAUCUAUCACCGAGGUCUUCUUCACCAUUCAUUGUGGGAUCGUCGUCAACUUCUCCAUUCAGUGCUCCUCAGAUUCCUGAUUUCGACGAUGAACGAUCGAUAUACACCUCACCAACUCCGGUCAGUCGCAGCUUGAAAGCAGACAACGUGAAAGAAAUCUACUUUAAAGCGUAUAUUGAAGAAAAGCUAGAGUACCACAAAAAGGAAUUGGAAGAAGAGUUACAUCGAGGUCGAAUGCGGGCUUUGGAACAGGCUCUUGAAGACGUGAAGAAGGAGAGGUGGAUGUACAAGCCGAUCGACUUUUAA